AUGGAUCAAGGAUUUCACCUGCAGUCAUUAAGUGCUGUUGGGCAAGCGUAUAAUCCCUUUGCCGGGAACGUAGAGGCCCAAUCUGACGGUAUAAAUCAAUCAGAGUCUGAAUUUGGGCAGAGUCUGUUUGAGGAGGCGAUUAGCCUAGCCUCUUCAGAUGGCUCACGAGCCCCAGCUCCAGCACCACCCCCUGAUGGUGGAUGGAGAGCGUGGUGUGUCGUUCUGUCGACACACUUGGUAUAUGUGAACACCUGGGGCUGGGUCAACUCUUUUGGCAUUUUCCAGGCCUACUAUGCUGAGCAUCUUGGCCUUCCAGCAAGUAAGAUCUCCUGGAUCGGGUCCAUCAGUGUUUUCCUCCUAUUCUUCGUCGGUACCUUGACAGGACGUCUUGUUGACGCUGGAUAUUUCCGCUGGGUGUUUGCCUGUGGUAUCGUCUUUCAGGUCAUAGGUAUCAUGGUUACUUCGGUCUGUACUGACUAUUGGCACUACUUUGGUGUUCAAGGUGUUCUCGUUGGUCUGGGGCAUAGCUGUCUGUUCUGCCCGGUGCUGGCAGUACUAUCGACAUUCUUUGCUAGAAAGCGAGCUCUAGCCAUGGGAGUCGCAGCAUGUGGAAGUGCAAUAGGAGGUGUUUUGUUUCCCCUCCUGGUUCGAGCUCUUCUUCAAAAGGUAGGUUUUGGCUGGACUCUGCGCAUUGUGGGUUUCGUGCAGCUUUUCCUUCUACUUAUCGCUCUGGUUCUUGUCAAGCCUCGACUUCGACCGCGCCGAUCUGCUCCCCUGGUAGACUUUUCUGCCUUUAAGGAUAUUGAGUACGUGUUGUACGUCACUGCAUCGUUUUUUACUUGCCUGGGGGUAUACUUGGCUUACUAUUUUAUGGCAGCCUUCUCCCGCACAGCUAUCGACCCGGCCUUCACCUUCAAUCAGUCUCUGAAUCUGUUGAUGAUUCUGAACGGCGUUGGAGUUUUUGGGCGACUGCUCGCAAAUUGGACAGCUGAUCACGUCGGUGCCAUCAAUGUCUUCGCACCGCACUCGUUCUUUGCUGGAGUGAUACUAUUUUGCUGGAUGGGGGUUGCCGACAAGCCAGGUCUGUAUGUAUGGUCCGUCUUCUAUGGUAUUCUCGCCGCAGCGAUCCAGAGUCUCUUCCCCACUGGUAUCUCUUUGCUGACUGAGGAUUUGAAUAAGAUUGGUGUUAGGAUGGGAAUGGCCUUCACGAUUGCUAGCUUUGCUUCCCUUGCAGGACCACCUGCUGCAGGUGCGAUUAUUGAUGCAGAGCUUGGCUUCAAGGGCGCGCAGGCGUUUGCUGGUACAUCUAUGUUAUUGGGUGCAUUGUUUCUCAUUGCGGCCAAGAAGAAGAGGAUGGCUAGACUUGGAAUCGGUUGGUUUGACAAGUGCUGA